AUGGAGCCGGAGGGGACCACAGAGGGACAAACUACUAAUUUCGCACAAUCUGCCGCCACCAAACUGUGCCAGAUGGGCGAAAGAACUAAACAACUGGGCAAUGUGAUCCAAAACCCAGAACGGCAGAAACGGAUUAUUCUAGUAAUAGUCUGUACAGCACUUUUGUUGGACAACAUGCUUUACAUGGUCAUUGUGCCAAUCAUACCCGAUUACCUCGAAGAGCUACAGAAAGCAGCGGAUCAUGCCGAAGCUGUUGCACCGCACUCCAACUUCACUAACAGCACCAUCCACAAAACAACCAAGGGGAACUUCGACCUGCAGAUAGGUGUUCUGUUUGCCUCCAAAGCCAUCCUGCAGCUCCUGGUGAACCCGAUAAGUGGCACGUUCAUAGACAGGGUCGGGUAUGAUAUUCCACUCUUCAUUGGUCUCAAUGUCAUGUUUCUGUCCACCCUGACUUUUGCCUUUGCUGAAAAUUACGCGACUCUGUUCCUGGCGCGCAGCAUGCAGGGCUUCGGCUCGGCUUUCGCGGACACCGCGGGGCUCGCUCUGAUUGCAGACAGGUACACAGAGGAGAAAGCGAGGACCAAAGCUGGUAUUGCCUUGGCUUUCAUCUCUUUUGGAAGUCUUGUGGCGCCCCCCUUUGGAGGGGUCCUUUACCAGUUCGCAGGGAAGCGGGUGCCCUUCCUAAUUCUCGCCUGUAUCUGCCUCCUCGAUGGUAUAUUGUGCCUAACUGUGCUGAAACCCUUUUCUAACCGAGAAAGAGAAAACAUGCCAGUGGGCACCCCCAUGUAUAAACUGAUGAUUGAUCCUUAUAUAGCUGUAGUGGCUGGUGCUUUAACAAUUUGUAACAUCCCUCUCGCCUUUCUUGAACCAACUAUCGCCAACUGGAUGGAGGAAAACAUGCAUGCCAGCCAGUGGGAGAUCGGCAUGACAUGGUUCCCUGCCUUCUUCCCUCAUGUUUUAGGUGUAUAUCUCACUGUCAAAUUAGCAGCCAAGUACCCUCAUCUUCAGUGGUUUUACGGGGCUAUAGGUAUGGUGUUUAUAGGCGCAAGCUCCUGUACAGUGCCAGCGUGUAAAAACUUUGGGCAGCUCAUGAUCCCGCUGUGCGGAAUCUGCUUUGGCAUCGCCUUCGUGGACACGGCGCUCCUGCCAACCCUGGCUUUACUGGUGGAUGUGCGACAUGUGUCAGUGUAUGGCAGUGUGUACGCCAUCGCAGAUAUCUCUUACUGCGUGGCCUAUGCCAUAGGACCAGUGGCGGCGGGACAAAUAGUGCACGACCUGGGCUUUGUCCAGCUAAACUUGGGCAUGGGCCUCGCCAAUGUGGCUUUACGCACCGGCCUCCUUCUGCUGAAGAACGUGACACAGAUGAAGCCUUCGUUCUCCGAGAGAAAUAUGCUGCUGGAGGAUGGCCCAACAGGACUGUAUGAUACGAUUAAGAUGGAGCAACGAGAGAAGAAAAGAAAGGGUUUGUGUACAACACUAGACGAGAAUGGCAUUGAAACAUUUGCACAACGGUCGUAUUCUGAAGAGGAAUCCUCAGGAGGAGAGUAUGCGUAA